AUGGAUAUGACGAUACCAUCACUCCCACUCGAGAUCUGGACUAGGAUCCUCGGACAUGUCAGCGAACCACACUAUCUACCCCGCACCUGGCUAAACUGCCGGCGCGUAUCGCACGCGUUCAAGGCCGCCACGGAGACGGCGUUCACAGACGUCUACCUGCGCCGUAUGGUCAUUCGCACGGAGCUCGCCGAGAUUAUUGACCUGACGUUUGCCGGGUUCGCGGAGAACGACCGGUCCGUGGUGUGUUUUGCCCAUGCCCCGGCCGACCGGCGCGACGCCCCACCUCGCAUGCCGCCCGAACUGAUGGCGAGACUGGAACAGCAGGCAGAGCGUGCCUGGACGCGCGAGCACCAACGUUAUCUGAGUUCGAUAGAAAAUGGCUCACCGUCAUUACUAUAUCAGAUCUGGCUCAUGGGUCAUGUGGAAGAUACCGGCUUUCCAGGUCUGAAGAUGGACAUUUCUAGCAGGAGCAUGUGGUUUGAGUGGAAGACGUUGCUAAGUACCAUGUUUGGGGAGAUUGAGUACAGAAAGUGGCUUCUUCGGAAAGAGAUAGAAGCGUCUCUUGGUGAAGGAAACGAGGAGAGUUGGGGAGAAUCUCCGCCGCAAGAUGCCAUCAGUCGCGUGGCCAAUAUUGAGAUGCACGUCCGUAAGCUCAGACCUUGGAAUGCUGCCUCAAAGCCUGGGCGCGACCGCAGGCAAGAGUGGCAAGUCAAUUCCCUACAAGCUUAUCGACCUGAUUUGGGUGUCUGGUGGAGGGAAGAAGAGAACUGGGGGGUUGUUUAUGAUGAGGUUCAUCCUAGAUAUCCGCAAAGACCGCCUGAGACAUGA